AGGUUUUUAUAUUUGAUUCUAAAGAUAAUAGAAAUUCUCUCGAGUUAAUGGGAGAGAAGGUAACACGGGCAGAACUGCUUUACAAAGAUUAGUCACUUCAGUGGAGCAUGUAGAGAAAGACUUAUGACAAGGAGAUCAACUAGAAAUCUAUUGCAGGCCUGAAGAGAUGAAUGCCCUCACCAUGGUGAUUGUUGUGUAACUGGAGAGAAAGGAAUGUAUAUGAGCAGUAUUAUGAAGGUAGAAAUGACAAGACUUGGCAAUAGGUGGAUAUUUGGAAUGUGUGUAAGGAAUCAAGAAUAACACUGAAGGUGUCUGGCAGGAUGGUGUUCUAUUGUUCAAGCGAAGAAAUGUUGCCACAGCAGAAGAAGAAGCAGAAGAAGAAGUAAUGUCAGAUGGAGGUUUCCAUGAGGCCCAAAUCAAUAACAUGGAGAUGGCAUCAGGUGGUGUCAUUACUUCUGAUAUGAUUGAAAUGAUAUUCUCCAAUAGCCCAGAGCAGCAACUUUCAGCAACCCAGAAGUUUAGAAAAUUACUUUCAAAAGAACCUAAUCCGCCAAUUGAUGAAGUCAUCAGCACACCAGGAGUGGUGGCCAGGUUUGUGGAGUUCCUCAAACGAAAAGAGAAUUGUACAUUACAGUUUGAAUCAGCUUGGGUGCUGACAAAUAUUGCUUCAGGGAAUUCUCUUCAGACUCGAAUUGUGAUUCAAGCAGGAGCUGUGCCAAUCUUCAUAGAGCUGCUGAGCUCAGAAUUUGAAGAUGUGCAGGAGCAGGCAGUCUGGGCUCUUGGUAAUAUCGCUGGAGACAGCACCAUGUGUAGGGACUAUGUGUUAGACUGCAACAUUCUCCCCCCUCUAUUGCAACUACUUUCAAAGCAGAACCGUUUGACCAUGACUCGGAAUGCAGUGUGGGCCUUAUCUAAUCUCUGCAGAGGGAAGAAUCCAUCUCCAGAUUUUGCAAAGGUUUCCCCUUGUCUGAAUGUACUUUCUUGGUUGCUGUUUGUUAAUGACACUGAUGUGCUAGCCGAUGCAUGCUGGGCACUAUCAUAUCUGUCAGAUGGACCCAAUGAUAAAAUCCAAGCAGUAAUUGAUGCAGGAGUAUGUAGGAGACUAGUGGAGCUACUGAUGCAUAAUGAUUACAAGGUGGUUUCUCCUGCUUUACGGGCUGUAGGAAACAUUGUUACAGGUGAUGAUGUUCAGACACAGGUAAUUUUGAAUUGCUCAGCUCUGCAGAGUUUAUUGCAUUUACUCAGUAGCCCAAAGGAAUCUAUCAAAAAAGAAGCUUGUUGGACAAUAUCUAAUAUCACAGCUGGAAACAGGGCUCAGAUCCAGACUGUGAUAGAUGCCAACAUUUUUCCAGCUCUCAUUAACAUAUUACAAACUGCUGAGUUUCGGACAAGGAAAGAAGCUGCUUGGGCUAUUACAAAUGCCACUUCUGGGGGUUCAGCUGAACAGAUAAAGUACCUAGUGGAACUUGGUUGUAUCAAACCCCUUUGUGAUCUCCUCACAGUCAUGGACUCUAAGAUUGUACAAGUUGCCCUGAAUGGCUUAGAGAACAUCCUGAGGCUUGGGGAACAAGAAGCCAAGAGGAAUGGCAAUGGCAUUAACCCUUACUGUGCAUUGAUCGAGGAAGCAUAUGGUCUGGAUAAAAUUGAAUUCCUGCAGAGUCAUGAAAACCAGGAAAUCUACCAGAAGGCCUUUGAUCUCAUUGAGCAUUACUUUGGGACGGAGGAUGAGGACAGCAGCAUUGCACCUUCAGUUGAUCUUGACCAGCAGCAGUACAUUUUCCAGCAAUGUGAGGCUCCCAUGGAAGGUUUCCAGCUUUGAAGAAAAGUUCUUUUAUGUUCCUGUCAGAUCAGGCUACUUGAUCAAGUCCUCUUGUGGAGCCCACAGCCCUCAUGGAGCUAAUUUCUCAAUGUUUUCCAUAAUACUGUUUGCGCUCAUUUGCUUGCCUUGCGCACCUGCUCUCUUACACACAUCUGGAAAACCUGGCUCUUUGUGGUGGAAAUACCCCCUUAACAAAGGGGUAACCAGAAUGGCCCACCCUCUUAUGGAAAACCAAUAGGCUUUGGAUAUCGGCAUUUAUAUUUCACACGAGUUGUGUGGGAACAUUUAUAUUAAUAUGGAUCCCUGCCUUUGUUGGAAAAAAAAAAAAUUAUUGCCCCUUUGUUCCCCUUUAAAUGGAAAACAAAAAUAUUAUACUGACAAAAGAUAAUACUAACAUUUUAUCUUUUAUUCCACACAACUUGAUUAUAAGUCAAAGGAGAUGUAGACACAUUGUGUGUACUUCAGAGUUCUUUUCUUGUGCUAUUCCACAGUAACCCCUUGGAUUAGUUGGUGAUUAACUCCAGCCAAAUUGGCAUUAAUCCUCAGUGAGAUUAUUGAACUACUCCUUAUUCCUUAGCGCCCCCCCCCCCCCCCCCCAUCCAUACAGCUCUUCAGAUAUUAAAGUAAGCCAUCAGCGCCCCCCUUAUCUUCAGUCUCUGGUGAAUGUGCUUUUUGGUUGUCAAAAGUGAUGAAGAAUUAAUUGACAUUUUUGUUCUAGAAAGUCUAAGUACCAUGAUCUGGGUUGCAGGUCCCCUUAGAGGAAAAGAGAUAAAGGGGCAUAUAUAGCUGUUGCUCCCCUUUGGUCAUGAACAUUUUAGGAUUUGGAAGUGGUUCAGUUUUAAUACUGUUAUGAGGACUCUCAGAAUUAAAACCUUCAUGACAUCUCCCCAGACUUGAACAUGAUGUGACCAGAAGCAAUGUCUCUGCAUUAAUGAAGAAAUGUUUCAGGCUUUGUGGUCCUGACCAAGGUCCUUAAGGUAUUGAAGUUCUCCCUAGGUGCUCUCACUCUCUGUGGCUGUCAGAAAACAUCCAUUUAAGAUUGCUUAAGGAUUGUUUUUUUGUUGUUGUUCUUAAGCAGCUUGAUCUUAACACAUUCAUGCUGUAAACACAACUCUUUUAGCCUAGACCAUCUUUAAUCUGUUUUAAUAUUAACACCAGGAAUAAUAAUAAGGAAAUAACCAGGAAAACUGGAUAGUGUUAUGGUUCUUCCAGCUGUGAAAUAUAGUUCUGUCCACAGCUCCCUCUCUUAUGUUCCCUUCCUACCCAAAAACAAAAUAUCCACCUUCUCAUCAUAGCACUGUUUUAAUUGAAAAGAGGGCAUGGCUUUUCUUUUAACUUCACUGAUGAUUCCAUCCCCUUACUAGUACUACAAUCCUUGAAUUAGUGCUGUGUUUGUGGCUGUGUUGGUGAGGUGCUGCUUCGUGCAUGAUAACCCUCAUCUGUACCGACAAACAGUACCUCAUCUAGUCCACAGCAUGUUUGGACCGGAUCUUUGGAUGAAAAGCUAAUGCCAACGUCAGUUGAAUACGGUUUCUUCUCAGUGCUACUUGGCCAUAGGGAUACAAUGUUGGGACACCAUCAGAGAAGACUUGCUGUUGCCCUUCUGUGCCAAUGGGUUCUAAAGGAAAGCUGCUCACUUCUGUUUCUGAACAUGCCCUUUCAUGCAGCUUUGGAUUUUUUUCUUGUUUUCUAGGAUUCACAGGCACCCCCAAAGUAAACCAUUUGAAAAAUUACCAUUGAUGAGCUUCCCUACAUCCCUAGGGAGCCCUGCUGGGCCUGGGGGAUGUGCAGAGCUUUCAUACCUCAUCAUGAUGCUAUUCACCAUUGGCAACUGGCAACAGCAGCCUGCUUGACAUGACCUGACUUAAAAAUUGUUUUUAAAAAGUCAUCCAAUCCAGAAAGAUGCAAAGACAGUGGACAUUGUCAGCUCCAAGUGUGACACAUGCUUCCUUCACAUCCAGUCUGUAUUUGUGUCUGUGAUCUUGGAUGAAUAACGUCUGAUGUAUGUAUAUUAAUCUUGGAGCAGCCCCUGAAAAACUAGUCCACUCCAUCCACAACUGUUACUUCUUCUAGUGCUGCUUUGUGCUGAAAGAACAUCUAGUUUACUGCACUUGACCUGUAAAGGGACUUUGAUUCUUUGUAAUUUUAGGGAUAAAUUAGGUGGUUAAUUUAAAGAAAAAUCUUCAAUGUUGCCUUUACAUCACAUUAAAAAUAACUUCUCUUUCAGAAGGGUGAUAGAAGCACUGAUUCGUAGCAAAAUCUUGUUUUUAGCUUUGACUUUUUUUUUUCGUGGCUGGAUUUUUUUAAAUUGUAAAUUACUGAUAACAUGUCAUUUCUAUAGGAUCUGUUUUAAAUCAUGUACCUUUUAUUGGACAGUACAAAAAUACAGCAUAUUUUGUAAACCAAUUUGAAUGGAAAAAAAUAUAUAAAGCACAGCAGAAAGUUGUUUCCCCUAAGUUAGUAAGAAUAGUGUAUGUUGGGAAUUUUUGCUAGUAAUGGCAGGUGCCUAAAUGAGUGAAUUAAAACAAAGAGUCCAUUUAAAAUGUGUUCCGUCUUUCUGUCCAAAACAAGGGAUCUUUUCUUUUCCCUGAUAGGGAGCAGGUUUGUGAAUUAUGACAUGGGCUACCUCAACUUCACAACAAAAUUACCACUGCAUAAAUUUUAAGAUUAUUUUAUUGCAGAAAUUAUCCCUCCUUUUCCUUACCUUCCCAAGGUUGGAGGGGGACUUAUUUAGAUCGUGGGAGAAGAUCUCUUAAUAUAGAAAUCCUGUCAGGAGUUCUAUUUUUCUCUGUUCUUGGCUUAUAGCUUAGAGCUGGCAUUAUGGAAUUCAUUGGUUUGGAGUAAAAUAAUAGUCAAGAGAGGGAGGGAAAGGAGUAGUUCAUAUGAAGCACAAAGAUUUACAACAAAUUGUGGGACUACCUUAAAAGGAGGGGGGAGGGUGUGUGGAGGAAGAACAGAAAAUAAUAGGCAACUGAGAGUGAUUCAUGCAUAGCAACUGCUUGCUCUCAGCUAUGGAAAGCCUAACUUCCUAUGUUUUCAGUUCUCAAUUUUCCUACUUCCCCCAGGUUCUUUCUAUUUGCUGUGUUGGUUUUGUGUUUCUAUGUGGCAGGAACUUUUAUUUACUUUUAAUUGAUUUCUCCCCCCAAAAUAAUUUUUAACAAUAAUUUUAUGUAAUUUUUUUCAGUGUAUAUCCAUUUUUUUCCCUUUCAAAAAGAUAUAAUUUUAUAAAGGUGGCCUGUAUUUGGACCAAUAUGCAAUUUAAGUGUUGGUACGAAUGAGGUAAUUAUGAACUAAUUUUGUUUUCUAAAGUUCCUAGUUUGAUCGUUUAAUUUCACUUAUUUUGAGCCAGCCACAAAGUGCCUGUCAUAGGAAGUGUUAAUUUUGUUUUCUGAUGUAUUAAUUAUUGAAUGAACCAGAUAUGUUCACUUUCAACUAUGUGUAAAGACACUCCAGUUUCACAUUAUAUCCUCCUGGCCCCGAGUUAUCCCUUUUCUUAGUUGUUUAUUUUUUUCAAAACUUUCAGGUCUGAAUAACUCCAGUUAGAUUUUAUUGUGAGGAUCAAGGUGGAAAGAAAUCAGUAGUCAUCUGGAGAGACUAACUAGGGUAAGAUUGUUGUGGUAGGGAACAGGAAAGAUAUGGUGCAUGUAGACAGGAAAAGAAAGAUAAGACUAGAACACAGACUUCUCUGUAGGUCUUUUGAAUUCUCUCAUCCUUGUUUUCAUUUACUUUUAGUUGCCUGCUGUGGAAAAGUCACCCUUUGGGUGAUAUUUACUAAGUAUUUUCUUCAUAAACCAGCUGAUCUGAACCUGAACCAACUAAUAAAUCUUUUAUAGUUUAUAGUUUUGAGUUAUUAGUAACUCGGUGUAAUGUUCAUUUGCCUAAACAAUCCAUAUGCCAAAAUCAGAGCUCCUCCAAACUUUAUAUUGUUUUUAAAGCCUUCUAUUGUCAUUUUAAGCAAGUUUGUUUGCUCACCUAGAGCAAAAUUAUUGCCAUAAUUUAAACACUGUUUGCGGUAAUGUUAAGAAGGACUUUGUAAGGUCAGAAGUAUGCCAUGUUCUUUUUCUUCUUUGGAUGCAGUGGAGAAGAUAAAUUUUGUCCAUCUUGAGCUGAGCCUUGGGUAGUAUAAAAUACUUUUUCUGCAGAGUGGUUUCAACAUGAAAAAUAUUUUUCAUGUAGUAUGGUAAGUAAUAAUUUUAAUAUAUAUGUGUAUUCACUCAUAUGGAUCUGACUAAUCUGGGGUUUUUAGAGUAAUUGUAACAUUGCCAGAGCAGUGUGAUUGUCCAGACUUUGCAAGGAGCCUUGUUACUAUUUCAUGUUUAUAGAUCAUAGUUUAUUUCUAAAAAUGACCAAAUAGAUCCUGCUUAAAUUUGGAGAACUAUUCAGAACUUGCCUCAGUUUAUACAUCUGUAAAAUGAUGGAUUGAAAUAGAUGACUUGGAAAGGUCACACAGAGUCAGGGAAUUUGAAGAGUUGGAAGGGACAUAAAUCCAAGUAUCUAAUCCAACUAUCAAAGAAAUCACCAUUGUAUUACACCUGAUAAGUGGUGGUCAUCUAGCUUAUGCUUAAAAGCUGCCAAGGAUGGAAGUAUCUUUCUCCCCUUUGGAAUCAGGCCAUUUUGGGACAGCUUUUAUCAUUGGAGAUUUCUUCCUCAUUUCAGUCUCUUUGCUUUUUGCUCUUUGCUCCUUAUUCUGCCCUGUGGGACCAGAUCCCUAUGACAGCCCUUCAAACACUGGAGAACAGCUGUUGUAUCUCUUCUCAAUAGUCCCCUUUCCCUAAGUCUUUGUGUCUGCUUCAAGCUAAACAUCCUUCACCUGAUUCUCAUAUAGCAUGUUCCUUCCAACUCUAAAAUCCUAUGAUGCUAUUAAAAACAUUUUGCUUUAUUAUGAGUUAUCCAAAAUAAGCCCCUACCCAAAAGAUUUCUUCUUUUUGCUUUUGAAUCAUUAGAUCAAAAGUUAGAUUCUUAAUGUUGAGUGUUAAAAACUUCUGUAAAUGAAGUAUAUCUGUUCUAAUGAGAAAAUUCGUGAUAGAUGUAAAAACAAGAGACAGAUAAAUUUCUAAGAUGUCUGGAAAAGGACAAAUUAUUGCAAAUAUAAAAUGUUAACAUCAAAUAUAUUCACAAAAUAUGUGAUAAGUUUUUUUGAGCAAAAAUAUGGGUUAAGGUUACAUGGAGAUUAAGAGACAACAACCCCAGAGGAUAGGGAGAUCUAGAAGCAGCCGGUAGAGAUGUGCCAGCAAUUCAAGACAGUAGGCCAUGACCAAACCCCUCUGGAUUGUUCACCCUUAGAAUUUGGAGGCCACAUCACCCCAAAAUGCUUAAAGGGAAUUGCUAUGGGUUCUCUUAUGAAACCAAAGGCAAGACUUAUACAACCAUUACCUACAAGAGUUCUCAAUUAAAAAGCUUUUAAUGUAUUUGUGCAAUAUUUUUGAAGAGACAUUCAGUAUACUAAAUGUUAUUUAAUAAUGGCCUAUGUAAUAUCUGUCCUAUGUGUAGUGCUUUUUAAGUUUUACAAAAUAUUUUCUUUAACUUUUAACAAUUUUGAUAAAUGAGUACUAUAACUAUCUCUAUUUUACAGAAAGAAAAUGAGGUUCACGUUAGGUGAUUUGCCCAAUAAUACAGCUUAUCUCAAUUGCUUCUUAGAAUAUAUGAUAAUAAUGUUCUAGAGUUAUAUAAUUAAGUGAACGAGAGUCAGUUAUUGAAUGUGCAUUGAAUACUAUCAAUAGAACAAAACGUUUUUCAACAGUUAAUAAAGCAUUUGUAUAGCUUUAAGGUUUGCUAAGUGCUUCAUAUAAGGAUUUAAUUUGAACCUUACCAUAAUUCUGUAGGUAAGUAUUACAGGCACUCAUCCCCAUCUUAUAGGUGGAGUAACUAGUCUCAGAGAAGUGAAAUAAUUUGCCCUGAUCAUAUAAUUUAACAAGUUUUGGAGGCAUGUUUUGAACCCAGAAUCCUAUUGGUUAUAGCACACUGCUGCAACAAAAUGCUACUUUUUAGUUCUCAGUCAUGGUGUUUCACAAAGCAUUAAUACUUUAAUGUGUUUGUCCUUUUGCUACAAUUUAAGAUCAGCCAGAAAAAAUAGUUUCUUGAUAUGUAGCUGCAGUAGUCUUUUUUCUUUAUUUCUUCCUAAAAGAAUUUAGCAUUAACUAUAUGACACAAAGCUAGAAGCAACAGAUGAUUGUCAAAAAUUCAAGAUCACCAGUAAAUCUUGAAGCAUCAAUUAUGGUUUUCAUAAAUUAUGAAAGCCAGUGGAAUACUUUAACUGCCUGAUAGAAAGAUAAAAGCAUAGCAGAUGAAAGCCUGGGGAGAGGGGAGAGAAAGAUGAGGAGAUGGUAGUGGGACAGAAAAAAUGCUGUAUUUCACGUUUAUAUGGAAUUUAGGAUAGGAAACUAGUGAAAUUGUGAAAAGGGGGGGAGGAGCCACAAGCAGAGGGAAGGAAAUGUGCAUUUGUCUAGCCUUUACUAACAUGUGCCAGGCUCUAUGCUAAGUGCUUCACAAAUAUCUCAUUUGAUAUCUUAACUAUGGGAAGUUUGACGCUAUGGUGCUCUCCAUUCUAUAGUUGAAACUGAGGCAAACAAGUUAGUUAAGUGAUUUACCCUAUCAAGAACACUAUCAAAAUCUGAAUCUGGAUUUGAAUUCUGGUCUUCCUGACUCCAGACCCAAUCUUUGUUCUUCUAUGAGCCACCUAGUUCUUAAUGAAGGACCAUUUAGGGGAGAAGCAGAUAAUAUCUGGUUAUUAAAGAAACCCCCUUGGAAGUUAGAAGAAAAUAGAGAUGGGGAAGAAGUUUCUCAGGAUCUUUUAUACAGUUGGGUAGGGGAGUGGACUCAAAUAGUAACUGGUCUAUUUGAAAUUAGAAAUUGAAUUUUAGAAGGCAUCUAAUUAUAGCAAGGGACUACAACAUAAGCAACUGCUUCCCAAAGUGAAGAAAUUUAUGUUAAUAGGAAAAACUAAUGCUCCCCAAGAAAGGUCAUAGUACUAAUAAUAGCAAUGCAAUAAAUCCUUCCAAGAGUAGAUUUUCCUCUGUGAGGCCAUAUAAAUUGAGAGAGUCUUUAGUUAUAACUUUGGUAUCCAGCAGCAGUACCGACCUUUUAACUGUCCUCCUCCAGCCUGGAAGUUUUCCAGAAUCGCUAGUAAAUUGCAGGCCUCAUGAUGGUUUGCCUUUUCUGUUGGAUGCUACACAAAGAUUCUCUGGGAUUGGUGGCAAGUGAUUGUUUAUCCCUUAUGAAUCGUUAGCCUCACAAUAGCAAGAGUAAGCCCUUUAACUUUUUUCUCAUUUCCCUUUUAUUCAGUAAAUUGGGUAGAGAAAUGAGUCUUUUUCUAUUUUUUUCAAACAUCUCCACCCAGGUCAAUAAUGUAUUGCAUUAGAUUGCAUUUCCUCUCAUUGGUAGAUCCUGUACUUGAUUCUCGUGCGAAGUUUUACUCAUAGCAGUCCUCAUCAAUUGUAUUUGAAUUGUUUCUGAGCCUAUGUAGUCUGUGAUGUGUUGUACUUGAUCUGAGGUUUGCAAACUACAUUGUAAAAAUAAGAGAUUGUUAGAUAUGACAGGCAUAAUCAGGGAAUACUUGAAAUGCUUGUUACAUGUUAAAUUUGAUACAUCUAAGAAUAAAGGGGCCACAACAAUACUUUAAUGGCAGUCAGUGCAGCUGUAUCAUAUUUGCAAUAUUUAAACACAUAUUGAAAAAAUAUCGGGACAACUUUUCAACUGGAGGUAGGGGAGUGAAUCCCUGAAAGUUUCAUAGGGCCAAGGACCUCUAGUUUUGCCUUUAUAGGAAAGUACAUAUGGGGGGAAGGAGGGAGUUGAUUAUUUUCAAUCCGGUAUAUUGCAUAUUUAUUCUAGAUAGAUAAUUCCAGUUGCUGGAACAAAUUAUGAGCAUUUUCUAGAUUCAAUUUUGAGAAUUCCCCAGUUCAACAAACACUGUUGAAUAUCUAUCUUCUCUGACCCCCUAUGUUUGGAUAUACCAGUAAUGAGAAUGCCAGUACAGAUUUGUCAGAAAACUGCAGAACUGCCAACAGUCAUUCAUUGGAGGCAGCAUGGUGGAAGAAAUGGAAGGCUGACUUUGGGAAUCAGAAAGACGUCAUUUCUGGUCAUGACAAUACAUACUACAUUGUGACCAUGAGUAAAUUAUUUGUCAGUUCCGUAGGAUGUAGGCCUCUCUGAUUAAACCAUAGAUUUCUGAUAUAAAAGGGUGAGUUGUACGUACACCAUGGAAUCACAGCUCCAAAUCAAAACAAUCCCACUAAGUCAUAACUGAAAGCAUUGGUAUUAAGUUAUUUUUAUUUUCUUAAAGGAUUCAUGUGAAUUUUUAAUAUUCUAUCAGGCGAUUGUUACUCUAAAAAGUUUUAUAAAGUUCUAUUAAACUAUCAUUCUUAAUAGCCUUUAUGUGAGUUCCCAAAAAACUAUUCAUCUAGGGUGGUUUUCCAAUGAUUAACAAUUUAAAAUGUAAAAUUGAAAAUGUGUUAGAGGACUUUUGGAAAUGAUAAAAUUGGGGAUAGUGGAAUGGAAGUAGGACUUUUUUCAUGAAGAGGAACAGUAAUUGACUCAGUUGCAAUGUCACAGUCAUAGACCAAGAUGGCCAUGGAAUACCGUUGGCCCCUUUGACACACUCUCUCUUCAGCAGUGGAAAGAGAAUGGGGGCAGGGAAGAUAAGUUCUGGGUACAACUUUCUGCUACUGACAUAACACGGAGUAAUGGAAAGAAAACUGGAUUUGAAAUCUGAAGAUCUUCAUUUAAAUGCUGACAAACUUUCUAGGCUGUAGUUUCUUCAUCUGUAGAGGGAUAGAGUUGGAUUAGUUAAAUUCUGAAAUCAUUCCAGCUCUCAAUCUGUGUGCCACAGCAUGUUCUUCCAUGGUCACCCACAGCCCACUGAUAACCCAGCUUAUGUUUGAUCAAUGGGACUAAGGCCUGUAUUAGUGGAUUGAUAUACAAAGAAGCAGCAUUCAAAUAAAAUGGGGCAAACAGAAAGGUCCUCUAAUAAGAUCCCUUUUCUGACAUGCCAUUUACUGCCAUAAUUUGAGUAAAAGUUCCCUGCUAUUUUCCUUUUCUACAGAAAACUAGCUUGAAUGUCUAGCUCACUGCCCUUUUUAGUCCACUCUCUUUCCAUCCUAAGUUUAGGCUGAGUUGUCUUUAUCAGUUCUCUAAGUUCUUGAAAUAGAAGCCUCAAUCUGAGUUUCAUUUAGAUCUGCCUCCUUCAGCAUCAGUUUGGGACUUCUUAUAACCACAUGAUGUUUACUUGGUCACUGUUGCCCCGGGAUUGUCCAAAAUACAUAAAUAGCUUUCUUUUGGUUCUGGCCACUAGGUUUUCCACCUCCAUCUGCACAUUAGUUUUCCCUGCCAUUUUAAUGCUCUUCUAGUGUACUCAUGUGGGCUAAUUGCUCAGCAUCUCCAUUCAAUUGGGCCUCUCUUCCCUUCCCUUCUCUAAAUCUAAUGCAUAGAUAUUGUUAUAUAACAAACUGGACAAGAACCACUAUUUUUUUUUUUUUUUUUUUUUUUUUUUUUUUUUUUUUUUUUGGCUAUGAUGCCAUUAACACAUUGUAAGAUAACUCAUCUAGAAGCAGGGUAUCCUGCCAGAAUCUUGUUCCUUGAUAAACAAUAUCAUUAUGGGUAUAAAAUCCAUUCAUUGCCAUGUGUAGCCUUGGAUAAAUUGCCAGCCAUAUUUAAUGGAGGACCUGUGAUUUCCUCAGCAAUGAAGUUAUUAACCUCAUUCAUAAGUUAGUACUUCAGUCUUAGGGAGUUGUCUAAGGUACUAUUAGGUUCAGUGAUUUACCCAUAGUGACGCAUUUAGAGAAACCUUUAGAGACUUAGAAAUUCAUGGUUUUUCACUGAACUAUUUCUGGACAAGGGUGCCAAGAAAAUUAAUUCCAAUACCUCAAGAAUCUGGUAUUUACCAGGAUACAUGUAUCCUGGACAUAGCAACAAUCCUCAGAACUGAACUUGCAGGUAGAUCACUAUUUUUUGUGAUAGUCACAAAUGCAGUCCAGUAGUCAAAAUGAAGAUUAAUUCUCCAAAUCAUAAAAUCUGAACUUUUGACAUUUUAAUGAAAGAAAAUAUACCUUUAAAAAGUAAUAGUAAUUUCUUGACUAUUUUCCCUUCAGUCAACAUUCAUAAAUUGCCUAUUCGUACAAGGACACAAAGACAAAAACCAAAGUUCUGCUCUUGAGGAGCUUAAUCUACUAAGAGGAGACAACACAUUUGUCUGUAUAUACAUGUACAUAUUUAAAUAUGUAAUUACUGAGAUAAGGGGGGAGACACUAGUAGCUGAUAUCAAAAAGUUGUAUUUAUGUUGAACCUUGCAGAAAGCCAGAGAUUCUUAUAGCAUGAGGGACAGCCAGUGCAAAAGCAUGAGAUAGGAGAUGGGGUAUAUAAUUAAUAGCAAGGAUGAUUUGGCAGUAGUGAACAUUUAGUAGAAUACUAUGUAAUGAGGCCAAAAAAGUUGAAUACAAGCAAAUGUCUAAGGGUUUUGAACCAACAGGAACCACUGGAAUUUAUUGGGGAGAAUGGUAAGGUCAAUUAUACUUGCCCUCUAGGAAAAUGCUUUGCAACUGUGUGAAGAAUAGAUUAGAGGAGUAGGGAGAAACUUGACACAGGAGAACCCAUUAGAAGGCAUUGGAAAUGAUCCAAAUGAGAAGUAGACAUGAAGUUGACAAAUCCUGGACUGGGGUGCUGGUUACAUGAGAAAAAAUGUAGAUCCCAGAGAUGUUAUGAAGAAAGAAAAAUUUUGCAACUGAUAAACAUUAGGUGAGUAAAAAAUAAUCAAGGAUGCAAAUCUUGAGUGACUGGAAGUAUAGCAGAACCCUAGACAGAAGUAGUAUGAUGAUGAUAGCUAAUAUUUAUAUAGUUCUUUAAGGUUUAUAAAGCACUUUACAAAUAAAUUAUCUUAUUUGAUCCUCACCACAGGCCUGGAAAGUAGAUGAUAUUUCCAGUUUUACACAUGAGGAAACCGAGGCAAACAAAAGUGACUUGCCCAGGCUCACACAGCUAGUAAGAAGCUACACCUGGUUUUGAACUCAAAUCUUCUGACUCCAGGUCCAGCACUCUAGUUACUUUACCACCCGGCUAUGUUGGGAGAAAUAACUGUUCUGUCAACUUGUUGAAUUUGAGAUGCCUGUGAGGUAUGCAGUUUGAAAUAUUCAGAAGUCUGAUAUAAAGGGGAAAAACACUAGGACUGGAGAUGGUGAUUUAAUCCAUGGUUCUUGAUGACAUCACCAAAGAGCAUCUGGAGAUAGAAAAGAGGGUACUUUCUCAUUUGGGGCUGAACGUGGGACACAUGCAUGUAUGGGAUAGAAUAUAGAUGGUAGGCCAGAAAAAGAUCCUGAGAAGAAGCAGACAGGGAGAGGAAAUGAAAGAACAGUGUCCAAAAGGCUGGAGAAGCAUAGUGGAGGACAGAGUGCUUUAAUGUCAAAUGCUGCAGAAAAGUAAAGGAGGAAGAUUAUUGAGAAAUGAACAUAAAUCACUGGUAAUAUACCAGUUUUAGUUGAAUGAUAUAAUCAAAAGCCAGAUUACAAAGAAUUAAGGUUACAGGAAAGGAAAGAGCAUCAGUCACUUUUGGUAUGGUCCACUGUGCCUAGGUACUAGAAUUACUAGUUGUAGAAACCACAGAUUUAAAAAAGAAACUCCUUUUAUUAAGAGUUUGAAAAUUUAAUGAGAAAUAUAAAAUGACAAAGAGGAUCUUCAGAUGGCAGAGACCUGGGCAUAAUUGCCAGCCUUAGAGAAAAGGGAAAAAUUAAUGAAAUGGGAGAAAUGGGAUAUUUUUGGUCUCUUGUGUAUUCAUAAAAUUUGUAGUUGUCAUUCUCUAGAUCCUUUUGUUUUCAUUGUGUUACUUUAUGUGUUAUUACAUAUUUCAUAUUUUUGUAGCUCAAUAAUGUUCCAUUAUAGAUAAUACAGUUCUGUUGUUGAGGUUUUUUCCCUACUCUAAUCUUUGAUUUCAUAGGUUGUUUCCAGUUUUUUCACUAUUACAAAUAAAACAGCUAAAAUAUUUUGAACAGAUUAGCCUUUUAUAAUGAUUUAUUUAUGCUGAAGGCCUAGGAAAGGGAUAAUGAGAUAAAGUAUAUGGUUAAUUUUGUAAUCUUCUACAUUAUUAAAUUGUGCUCCAAAUAGAUUGCACACAAUUUAUAGUUCUCCAAAAGGACAUUUUGUUGUAAUGGAAAGUUUAAAAUUUGGAAUAAGAAAGCUUGAGUUCAAGUUGAAUGAUCAAUUUAAAUGCCUAAAAAAACCCCAACAAACUACAAAAUUAUUCAUUAAAUGGACUAAUGUAUUUAUCUGAGUUCUGGAAGGUAUUUACCUUCCAAAAAUCAUCUGAUUUUCUAUUCAACAAAUGGAAGGAAUGAUUGAGAGAAAUAUUUGAUUACAUUAAAAUAAGUUUAUAAUAAGAAAAAUAACAGUUUGGGGUAAACAAUAAAUGGCAAAAAGUGACAUCUAAAAUGUAUGAAGUACUGUUAUAUAAAGAUAACCCCCCAUCCCAAUAAAUAUUCAAGGCAUAGAAAUAAUUUUCAAAGGAAAAAAAUGUUAACCAUUUGGGGAAAAGUCUAAUAUCAUUAAUAAACAGAUUCAAAUUAAAACAAUUCUAUACUACUAGCUCAUAUCCAUCUAAUUGGGAAAAAAAUGAAUAAACGAAUGCUUGUGAAUUUCUUCAAAUGCCUAGAAUUCUGAAAAACAAUAUGGCAGCUAAAAGAA